AUGAAGCGUGAAGCAUCCCCUUCAGACUUCCUCAUGUCGUCCUCUCCAGACAUUGACACAUCGAGCAAGAAGGCCAAGUCAGCCAAGGACAAAGCACAACACGGAACCUCAUCUGGCUCUGGAGCAGGAGGACCAAGCUGGACAGCAGAAAAGCGGGAAACACUCAUCGCCGAGCUCAUCUCACUCGGAAUCAAAGCUGGAAAGCCAACAGAGAUAGCAGCAAAGGUCGGCAUCACUACUCAGCAGUUCAAAGAUGCUACGCAGAAUGGCAAGAACAAUCUACGAGCCAAGGUGAUCAAGGCUGCUGGAGGGUUCGGCAAGUGA